AUCAUCAAACAGCCUGAACCGCAGACCGACUGAGCGGAGCGGAGGAGUGUGCGACGCCGAAAAUAUUACCACUAAAACGCUGGGAAAUUACGCUUUUCUGCCCUGUUACUCUGGAGGGAAUUUGGACUGGAGCUACUACGAUGAAACAGCGUCAAAAGGAGCGUCACCAUCACGGGGGAAAUUAAGGAAAGAAGAAGAAAGGUUGAUGGCUGUGAUGUUGGUCUGAAUCUUACCCGCUUCCUCUGCUUCAAGGACAUUUCCCAUGGAGAUGUGCACCAACACUCACACUGUUCUACCAUGGAGCCACCAGUCAGGGUUUUGGACCCAAAGAGCCAGUGAGACAGAAGAGCAUCUGAUAUUGUGAUACCACCCUCCCAUCGUCUUCCCCCUCCAUCCCUCCUGCUUGUUCUCAAGCUGACCAUCCUUCUCUCCGAGGCCUCGUCUGGCUGGCCUCGUCGACUUCCCCCACUCUCCCUCAACUCCUGCUGUGGAUUAAAGACUUUUAUCGGGACUCUGAGUAUCAGCUGAGCAGAAAGCUCCUGAUCACAGAACACGGCCCAGUCUGGGCCCAGUUCCGGUCCAGUCUCAGUCCAGUCUCUGCUGCAGGAUGGCAGGUGUACCGUUCUGUUUGGCUGUGAUGGCCACCGCACUCCUGCUGACCCUCGGAGCUGACGCUGCAGGUCAGAACCCAGAUCAUGUCCUGCAGGGGACGGGGGUGAAACCCGAGGCUCGGCGGCCCGGUGAGGACUCGACCAUUGCACCCGAGGACGCCGCUCGGUUCCUCAGCUGCUACUGCUCCGGACACUGCCCCGAGGACGCCACCAACAACACCUGCCAGACCAACGGUCAGUGCUUCGCCAUCAUCGAGGAGGAUGAGCACGGCGAGGCCAUCCUCACCUCUGGCUGCAUGAAGUAUGAAGGCUCACACUUUCAGUGCAAGGACUCCCCCAACGCUCAGACCAGGAGGACGAUCGAGUGCUGCAACACCGACUUCUGCAACAGGGACCUGCAGCCCACGCUCCCCCCUCAGCCUCCCCCAGAAGGAAGUCCCCACUGGCUGGCCUUCCUCAUCUCCAUGACGGUCUGCUGCUGCACUCUGAUCUGUGUCACCGUCGUCUGUUACUACAGGUAUAAGUGGCAGAGUGAGCGUCAGCGGUAUCACAAGGAUCUGGAGCAGGAGGUCUUCAUCCCUGCUGGAGAGUCACUCAAAGACCUCAUCCACCAGUCACAGAGCUCUGGCAGUGGCUCCGGGCUCCCCCUGCUGGUGCAGCGGACCAUCGCCAAGCAGAUCCAGAUGGUGCGUCAGAUCGGGAAGGGACGGUACGGCGAGGUGUGGCUGGGACGCUGGAGGGGCGAGAAGGUGGCCGUCAAAGUCUUCUUCACCCGAGAGGAGGCCAGCUGGUUCAGAGAGACGGAGAUCUACCAGACGGUCCUGAUGAGACACGAAAACAUCCUCGGCUUCAUCGCAGCUGACAUUAAAGGCACCGGCGCCUUCACGCAGCUCUUCCUCAUCACCGACUACCACGAGAACGGCUCGCUGUACGACUACCUCAAGCUGACCACGCUGGACACGCAGACCCUGCUGCGGCUGGCGUACUCCGCUGCCUGCGGCCUCUGCCACCUGCACACCGAGAUCUACGGCACGCAGGGCAAGCCGGCCAUCGCCCAUCGAGACCUGAAGAGCAAAAACAUCCUGAUCAAGAAGAAUGGCACUUGCUGCAUCGCCGACCUCGGCCUCGCCGUCAAGUUCAACAGCGACACUAACGAGGUGGACGUCCCCCUGAGCACUCGAGUGGGGACGAGGCGUUACAUGGCUCCCGAGGUCCUGGACGAGAGCCUCAACAAGAACCACUUCCAGGCCUACAUCAUGGCCGACAUGUACAGCUACGGCCUCGUCAUCUGGGAGAUGGCCAGACGCUGCGUCACUGGAGGUAUCGUGGAGGACUACCAGCUGCCGUACUACGAGAUGGUGCCGUCUGACCCGUCGUACGAGGACAUGCUGGAGGUGGUUUGUGUUAAAGGACUGAGGCCGACCGUGUCCAACCGCUGGAACAGUGACGAGUGCCUGCGGGCCAUGCUGAAGCUGAUGUCAGAGUGCUGGGCUCAUAACCCCGCCUCCCGCCUCACCAUCCUCAGAGUCAAGAAGACGCUCGCCAAGAUGGUGGAGUCCCAGGACAUCAAGAUCUGACCAGCUUCAUCCUCCUCCUCCUCCUCCUCCUCCUCCUCCUCCUCCUCCUCUUCAGCCCACCUGAACCCACUCAACCUGUUCAGACCGGAUCAGGCUCCCUCUUCAUCAGGAGGAGGAAGAGGAGGAGAGGUUGAGAGAUAAUAAAGGACCCAUUUCAGGGCUGAACUGUGCAUCUCCUCCUCCUCCUCUUCCUUCUCCUCCUUCUUCAUCUUCAGUCUGUCUGGAAACAAAUAUGGAGUCGUUCCUCCUCCUCCUCUUCCUCUUCAUCCCACCUGAACCCACUCAAUGUUAAUGGACCGGAUCAGGCUCCCUCUUCAUCAGGAGGAGGAAGAGGAGGAGAACCUGGGAGAUACUAAAGGACCCAUUUCAGGGCAGAACUGUGCACCUCCUCCUCAUCCUCCUUCAUCUUCAGUUGCUCCGGAAACAAACGUGGAGUCCCUCCUCAUCCUCAUCCUCCAUCUUCAGUCUGUGUGGAAACAAAUGUGGAGUCCUUCCUCCUUUUCUUGCUCCUCCUCCUUCCCUCUGUCUUCAGAAUGUUUGGAAACAAACAUGGAGUCCUUCCUCCUCCUGCUUUCCUCUAUCUUCAUUAUGUCUGGAGGCAAACAUGGAGGCCACCUCUUCCUCCUCCCACCUCCACCUUCACCUUCACUGUCUGGAAACAAAUCUGGACUCCUUCCUCCUCCUCCACCUUCAGUCUGUCUGGAAACAAGCAUGGAGUCCUUCCUCCUCCUCCUCCUCCUCCUCUUUGUGUGCUGAGCGGCUCAUUGGGAGCGAGACAGUCGGGUUUGACGCUUUCUGUGAAAGCCAAACGAGACGAUAAAGAUAAUUUUAACGAUGAAGAGGAGGUGGGAGGAGACCCGCAGCAUCAUCUUCCUCCACGUCUGCCUGUUUCAAAAUGCUAAAAAAUGCCAAUUUUUGUUUUGUUAUUUUCUCUUCAGGACUGAGUUCUCCUGCCAUAUUGAAAUAUAUCUCCACUCUAAAAAGUAGAGUUAAUUAUAAAAAGGUACUAUUAUAAUAUGUGAAUUUUAAUGUGUAAAUAAAUGUUAUCAUUAGAUGCCGUGCCUACUCAUGAGAGGAUUUUAAAAUAAACCAGAACACUGUGCUGCAGUGGUGUCGACGUCCACCCGACUCCUCAGAGACGAUACCGGAGUCACUACGGAGACGUCUACCGUCCUGUCUGUCUGUCUGUCUGUCUGUCCACAUCCUGUCUGUCUGUCUGUCUGUCUGUCUGUCUGUCAGUCAUGAGAUUGAUCGGUUACAAAGAGGUGGAGCUGCUCUGGUGGCACAAAGCAAUCUGAUUGGUUGAGCUAAACCUCAGCAGGUGGAACCAAAAUGACCUGGCGUCACUUUCUGAAGAAAACACAAGGUUUUUUAUGUUUGGAGUUCGGUGCUCCGACCUCUGUAAACUUAAGUUUUUGGCAUUCUCGACUUCAUUCUCCUCUCCUCCAGUCUCCAUGUGUGCACACGGCCCUGCGGUUUUAUGUCCUUUUAUAGGGAUUUGCGGGUGUUUACCUAUGUUAAAUAGGAUCAACUGGCACACGCUGUCAGCUUAUGAGGAAAGUGGGAUUCAUCAUGAUGGUGCGAGUAAUUCUGCUGUUUCAGAGAGCAUCUUGAAUCUGACGUAGACUUUUCUUUAGGACAAAAUUUAAGAGAAAACGUAGGAGGACAUAGGUGAAUGAGGCCCUUUUGUUUUUAUUGCUAAAAUGCUAAUUCAUUUCUGAGAUUUAGGACUUUAUCCUGCAGUACUGUAUUCUUUAGUUUAUUAGGAUAAACCAAGGCACAUAUAAACAAUUUAAUUACUGUAAUAAGACAGAGAGGCCUUCUGUCAAAACAUCUGAAGUCGUUAUUUCACUCAUUGAUUUUAGGUUAUCCGUCGCACCUAAAAGAUUACAUAAAAAAACCUGUAGUCUUGGAUGUAAAAUCUUUUAACAUUGUUAAAUGUUAAAAUCUGAAGCUAAAGGUAAUAACAAUAGUAACUAUUUCCUUUUUCCUCCUUGCUGUUAAUAUUCUGUUUCAUAAGGCUAGCUAGUUAGCUUACAGUGCUUGUCGUCUGAUAGUUAGAACUUGGACCGCUAAUGAUAAACUAGCAACACCUGCUGAGGGCUAACUCGUCCAAUCAGAUGCUUUCUGACUGUUUAAGAUUCAUUUAUUCCAAAAUAAGAGUUUCUUCAUCCCACAGAAAGGUAAAAUUAGGAAUUUAUUUUAGUUUCAUUUUGGGACAAAAUUUUAUUUUAAGAAAUAAGUCCAGAAUUUGGUUAGCCUAGCUUAGCACAAGAAAGGAAGUAUGGGAAAACUGUUAGCCUCGCUCAAUAAAAAGAGUGUAUUGUAUUUAUGUGUUUUAUCUGGUUUAUUAAACAGGUGUAAAAACAGAAAUAUAAAAAUGAGACAUUUUAGCAGCAGUUAGCAUUGAAGCUAUUUGAUGCUAGGCUAGCAGUUUCCCUUUGCUUCCAGUCUUUGUGCUAAGCUAGGCUAAACACACCUCACCGCUCUGUGUGUGUGCAGAGAUUCACCUAAAAAGUUGAACUGUUCCUUUAAACUGUUUCAUGUUGGUUUUCUCUCCUCGGCAGCAGGAUGACGUGCACGUGUUGGCUUGGUGUGUGUGUGUGAGUGUGUGUGUGCGCAAGCGUGCGUGUGUGAGAGUGAGAGAAUGAAGCGAACCGUUCAUACAGUUCAUAUUUAAGAGCAGUAACUUUAGUGUUUUCUCUCUGUAAUAAAUAUGCAAGAAAACUCCCCGUAUAGGAAUAAUCUCUAAUAUGUAAAUCUUUAAUGUUUUUUUGUUUUGGUGUUGUUGUUGUUGUUUUGUACAGCAUCUGGUUCGGUGCCUUAUGAGUUUACCAAGGAAAUGAAAAACUCUGUAUACAGUCUGUCCAAUGUAACGAUUUUUAAGUAAAUAACCUUAUUUUAGUACACAA